AUGAUCUUAUUAAAACUUGGAUAUGGUUAUAAUAGAAAAUCUCAAUAUAAGAUCAUCGAAAAGGAAAUCUUUAAAUUAUUCAUUAGGAAAUGUUUUGAUAUUAAAGAACUUCAGAUCAUUGACAUCGAAUUAGAAUUACAUAAUUUUCUUGGAGCGGAAAAUUGCUUUUCAAACCUUUGCAAAUUAAUAUGUGAUACCUCUAUUAAUUCAAAUAUUUUCUUUGGAUUGGCAAGAAUUUGCAAAUCCAUUGAAUUUCUCUUUCUCAGCCCUUGCUUAAAUGAUAAUGAAGGAUUAAUCGAGUUAAUCGAGGUCCAAAAGAAUUUAAAAUAUUUAAGAUGUAAAGGCACAAAAGAUCAAUUUGAAAAUGGUCAAUGUGAUGGAAUCGAAAAGGCCUUGAAGAAGCAGUGGCAUACUUUAAUUCAUUUUUCUAUUGAUAACUUAUGUUUUAAUCCAACAAUCUUUCCCAUCUUCAAAAAUUUACAAAAACUUGAAAUAACCGAAAAAAAACAUGUAUGCCUCAAUAAAGGUUAUUAUAGAAAUUUAUCAAAAUCAAAGUAUUCAAAUCUUCAAAUUUUAAUAACGAAGAAUAUCACACAUAACAUAGUUGAAAAGAUCAUUGAAAAGACUAAUGGAUACCUUUGGAAAAUUGAUAUCACUAACGAUAUGCAUGAGAAGAUUGAUCACGAAAAUUUUAUAAAGAUAAUUUAUCAACAUUGUCCAAAUAUCAAAUUGAUUAAUAUUUUAAUUCAUGAAAAUAAAAAUUUAUUAGAAUUGGAGCAAUUGCUUUUAAAUUGUCAAUACUUGGAAGGAAUUGUCAUUGAAUCCCCACCAAUUUAUAGAAGCCUAGAUGAAAGAAUUAAUGGGAAUGAAUUAUUAGAAAUCAUAACAAGGUCAGCUCCAAUUGGCCUUCAUAAGAUCAAGGUAUAUAAAAAUUUGGAAAUUUCUUUGAAUUCUUUAAUAACAUUUUUUGAAAAUUGGAGAGGUAGAAUGCCACUUUACUUUCAUACAAUAAUGAGUUAUUCGAAGCUGAACAAGGAUUACCUUGACAUAAUUGAAAAAUAUGAAAAGGAGGGUAUUUUAAAGGAGUAUAAAGAUUUAAAUAAUUAUCCAAGUCCCGUAGGAUGGUAA